CUUAUCACUCGUUAGAUGAGCAUAAAUCCACAGGCUGACGAUUCCAACAAUCCUCCAUGCUAUUUGCCACAACCAGAAGAUGAGCUGCCCAGUAAAGAUAACUUGCAACCCAUGGGACCUAUAGGACCAUGGGCGACAGGUAAAGUUGAUUGGAGCCCAAUGGCCGGUCUAACGGGAACUCGGCCGGUAGUAGAUCGUUAUUCAAUUACACGUUUCAGUUCCAACGAAUGGAGAGCCAAGAAUUUAGAAACCGUUAAAAAUACCAACAAAGUUUUCGACAAAGCCAUUAAAAACCAAUAUAACUCGAAAACAACCCACAUGCGGAUUUCCUCGCUCGUGGAAAAAACGCAGACUGAGACAACGGCUAGUAUGCGCCAACGAGCUCAGCUAGUUGGUAAGUGGAAGACCACUUUAGAAGUCGCUAUCAAAGCUAUGGCUGAUGAAAUAAGUACUUUGGAAGAAGAACGUGUGCGUUUAAAGAAAUCCUUGGUUAUUUUGGGUGUGCCAGAAUCCAUAGCCAAAGAAUGUAUUGAUAAACGUACUGGACGUCCGGACACCGAAUUGGUGCGCGAUGUUCCCGAAGAGGAGUUGGUAAACGAAUUGGCUUUAUUGGCUGAAAUACGUCAGUUGCUUAAAAAAACCUUAGAAGAUUUCGAACAACAACAGGUAGAAAAUCGUACAGCCCGCCAAAGACUAGAAUAUGAUUGGAGUGACAAGAAAGAGGCUUAUGAAAUUGAUUCCAUCAAUGUAGGUCUUGACAAUAACUCAAAAAUCAUAAUGUUUAGACCAGGUGCUGUACGUCAACCACCUGAACAAGCAUCCGAGCAAUAUUGGGAGCAUUUUAGCAAGGAAACUUUGGAAGAAUGUGAAAAAUGUCGCCAAAAAUCGGUAAGAUUUUUACAACAAUGCGCAGAGCUAAAAAAUCACAAUAUGCAUCUUCGACAGGUCUCUUUGCGCCAAACUUUAAACUCAAUUCUCUUAAAUACUGCUCGUGAUAUACGAGGUCAAGCCGAUACAGUGGAGAAAGCCUUUGUUACUCGUAUUAAUUGUACUCAAGAGAAUCUACAACGCUUCGAAAACGAUCUAAGAGAUUGUUUACAAAAAUUAGCUGAUACUGAGAACCGCAUUGGCCACUUGCAUCGCUGUGUGCGCAGCUUUGAUGCCGCCAUGAAAGUGGCACAUACACGCAUGGACAAUCGGAGUUUUCGACCUAACGUAGAGAAUUGUCGCGACUCUUCUCAGCAAGAUCUCAUCGAUGAAGUGGCCACUAUCCAAAGCAGUGUGUCCGCCAUGCUUGCCGAAUUAGAGGAAGCGGAAACCGUGAAAGCAGAUCUUAUGCAAUUACGCAGUAAACUGGAACGAGAAAUCAUGUUGAAACGUCGUACGUUAUGGUUGGAUCGUGAUCGUUGUAUGCUGUUGAGAUCACAUUACCCUUCAGCUAAUGCCCUCAGCGGUUUUGCUAGCGUUUAACUGAAAUUAUAUGCACUACGUU